UCCGCCUCCGCCGCCGCCGCCGCGCCGCGCCGGGCCCGACAGGCCGGGUCGGAGAAGAGCCUCUGAGAGAGGGACGCGGGCAGCCAUGGCCGAAGCGGCGCCCGCCCCGGCUCCUGAGAGGGACAAGCAAGCAGGGGACGAAAGACCUUCGACGCCUUCCCCAUCCCCGCAGCCGACUGCCGAGAAGAACUCAUACCUCUACUCCACGGAGAUCACGCUGUGGACGGUGGUGGCCGCCAUCCAGGCCUUGGAGAAAAAGGUGGAUUCCUGCCUGGCCCGCUUGCUGACUUUGGAGGGGCGGACGGGGACAACCGAGAAGAAGCUGGCCGACUGCGAGAAGACGGCCGUGGAGUUCGGGAACCAGCUGGAGGGCAAGUGGGCCGUGCUGGGCACCCUGCUGCAGGAGUACGGGCUGCUGCAGAGGCGGCUGGAGAACAUGGAGAACCUGCUGCGGAACAGGAACUUCUGGAUCCUGCGGCUGCCCCCGGGCAGCAAGGGGGAGGCCCCCAAGGUGCCAGUGACCUUUGAUGAUGUGGCCGUGUAUUUCUCUGAGCCGGAGUGGGGGAAGCUGGAUGAGUGGCAGAAGGAGCUGUACAAGCAUGUGAUGCGGGGCAACUACGAGAUGCUGGUCUCCCUGGAUUAUGCCAUCUCCAAACCGGACAUCCUCACCCGGAUGGAGAGGGGAGAGGAGCCUUGUCCUGAAGGCCCAUGGGGCCAGGAGGAGGGGAAUGAGAGAGAGGAAGCAUGCCUGAGGAGGCUGGGUGCUGGCCUUCCUCCUCAUCCAGAGCACAUCCCCAUCCCUGUCAGCCCUGCCCAGGAGGAACCAAAAGAUGGUCAGGUCUGCAAGCACCAGCAAGACCCGGAAACAAGAGCAGCCCCUCCUGGAACAAGCGCCGGGCCCCCAGCCAGCACCAGCGUUCUGUCUUCGGUUAAACAGGAGGAAGAAUCUUCAGGUGGGGAGUCACCAACCUCCCCCCCCAGGGACAUCCUGCCCAACAUGGGACCAGGUGGCGGCGGUGAUGUGGUCGUCAAGACAGAGGCACCAUCUGAGGGCCAGAUGGUGUCUGGGCAGCUCUUCCUAGGAGAGACCCCAAGCCAGACCGAGUGCAGAAUCCCCAAAGGGCCCAGGAGCAGGACUGGGGGUUCCGGCCGGCUCCACGCUGGGGGAGUGCCCAGGGUGCGGGCAGGGGACCCUCGGCCACCAGGGGCGGUGGGUGAGCCGCCCCGCAUCCUCCCUCGACGGCGAGAGCGGGCCUUCCCCUGUCCCGACUGCGGCCAGAGCUUCCGCUUGAAGAUUAACUUGACCAUCCACCAGCGGACCCACGUGGAGGAGGAGCACCGGGAGGCCCGGGUCGGCUCGCCGACCGGGUGGGGGGAAGCCCACUCGGCACUUGAGCCGGGGGAGGUGGUGGUGCCCGGGCCGGUCAUCCGCUGGCUCCCCGAGGAGCCUGAGGGCCGCCAUGCCUUCCUGGGGCGGAGGCCUGCGGCCGCCAAGGUCUACCACUGCAGCGAGUGCCUGCGCUUCUUCCCGCAGCGGAAGAGCCUGCUGCUGCACCAGCGCCAGCACACGGGCAACAGCCAGGGCUGGCCCGCCUGCCCCUACUGCGGCAAAGCCUUCCGCCGGCCCUCGGACCUCUUCCGGCACCAGCGCAUCCACACCGGCGAGCGGCCCUACCAGUGCCCUCAGUGCGGCCGGGCCUUCAACCGGAACCACCACCUGGCCGUCCACAUGCAGACUCACGCCCGAGGCCAGGUGGGCCCGCACUUUCCUGCUCUCUCCGCCCGACCCGGGAGCCCACCCCUGCCCCGGCCCAGCCGCUCCGAGGAGGGCUGACCAGGCCAGGGCCAGCGGGGACCACCCUCCAGCUCUCCUGGGGCACCGGGUCAGGACCUCCUCUACACCUGCAGGGCUUUCCACUUGUGCCUGAUGCUGGUUCCUCAUUCUGGGAUGGCUUU